AUGGCUUUUGUCAAGUCAGAUCUGGGAGAUAUCCUGCCACUAUUGGCCUCAGGUAAAGUCCGGGAGCUGUACGAUGUCGACUCAAAAUCCCUGCUCUUUGUGACGACGGACAGAAUCUCGGCCUUUGAUGUUAUCAUGAAGAAUGGCGUGCCAGAAAAAGGACUCGUCCUGACGCUGAUGACCGUACACUGGUUCCAAUACCUCCGGAAACAGAUCCCUGACCUCAAGACCCAUUUCAUUUCCCUCGACCUGCCGACUAUAAUCCCGAAGGACAUUGCCGCUCAAUUAAAGGGUCGGAGUAUGCUUGUGCGCAAGCUCAAGGUGUUCCCGUUGGAGGCCAUAGUCCGUGGCUACAUUACAGGCUCCGCCUGGUCCUCCUACAAAAAAACCGGUGAAGUAAAUGGGAAGAAGAUGCCCGAAGGCCUACAAGAAUCCCAAGAGUUUCCUGAACCCAUCUACACUCCCAGCACCAAGGCUGAGCUGGGUAAGCAUGACGAGAACAUCUCAACGGAACAAGCUGUACAGAUUGUCGGCGAGAAGUAUGCAAAAAGAAUAGAAGAACUGUCGCUUCGCAUUUACAAGGCAGCACGAGACUAUGCAAGAGAAAAGGGGAUCAUCAUAGCGGACACGAAAUUUGAGUUUGGUUUGGACGAGGAAACAGACGAGGUUGUGCUUGUUGAUGAGGUGCUUACCCCAGACAGCUCAAGGUUUUGGUCGAAAUCCUCCUACAAGCUCGGCCAGAGCCAGGAGAGUUUUGACAAGCAGCCACUGCGGGAUUGGUUGACGGAUAAUGGUCUCAAAAACAAACAGGGUGUGGAGAUGCCUGAUGAUGUGGUCCAGGCCACUCAUGCAAGAUACCUCGAGGCAUUCAAAAUCUUGACUGGGAAGUCUCUACAAGAGACUCUACAAGACCUGAGGUAG